AUGCUUCAUCGUCGACCUGGUCAACCGUCUAUCUCAUCGUCAUCAUCACAAUCUUUUCAAUCUUCUUCAUCUCCAAACACAAACACGAACACAAACACGAACACAAACACAAAUAUCAGUACGAAUAAAUCGUAUACACCAUUAAGGAGGCAAUCGAGUAACUUGUAUCCUAUAACCACAUCGAACAGCGGAGGUAGAGCGAGAUACAGUAUACCACAAGCAUCACCAUUGGAUCUAGGUGGGAGUGGUGGUGGAAGUGGAAGUGGGAGUAGCAAUUCCUACGGAUCUUAUGGUGUAUAUGGUGGGAAUAGCGGAUUGAAUUCCCCAGUUCAUAGUGUAGGUGGGAAUGGAUAUGGAUAUGGUUUAGGAGGAGGAGGAGGAGAUGUAGAUUGGAGUAAUCCAACCGGUAGAAACGUCACUUGGAAGAGGAAAUUAAGAGAUUUCGUUGAACAUCUAGGAAUGGGACUGAAAGAUGCUCUGAGAUUGAAAAGGAGUUGGGAACUUGUUUCGAGCGAUAGAGAACUUCGAACAUUGAUAUUAAAAUCGACGAUGAUCAAUAUCUUAUCGUUAUUACUACUAUCACUAUCAUCAAUAAUAUUCUCACCAAUGCUCGUACAUCCAAUUUCAGAAACAAUGGAAAGCAGAACUAAAACCGUUGGAAUGUGGUAUAACCUUUUAUUAAGUUGGCCAGUUUUCGUUCUUUGUUUUUUGAUCAAUGCUUCUUGGGGUCCCUCAAUAUCUAAAAGAGCUCAAGCAAUCUUACAUCCAUCACAUCGUUUACAACCCUCUCCAAUAACAACUCCAUCUUUAUCAACCACACCGAUACCUUCUUCCUCGAAUUCAAACUCAAAUAAGCAACCACCUUUUGCCAAAGUAUUUCAAUCCAUAUCGCGUAUUCUACUCAUAAGCGAUUUCACUUUAAUGUCAAGGUUAAUAGGUAUAAUACCUUUUUUCGGUAAAUGGUUCAGUACAAUGUAUAUGAGUGUGAUUGACUCUUACUAUUGUUUUGAACCAACUUUCACUUCCAAACAUUGGCCUCUGGAUCAUAGAAUCUCUUAUCUACAAGAUAGAAUAGCUUAUAUGAUUGGAUUUGGCUUUCCAGCGACGUUUUUGACUUCUUUCGGACCACCUUUAGUCACCAUGUCUAUCUUCGCUCUAAUCUAUCCAUUUUUCGUCAUACAAGCGAUUCAAGCUAGACCACCUACACCUUCUUCAUCUCUUUUACCAGCUACGCCAUCCCCUCACGCGUCGUUACCGUCUUCACCUUCUGGUACAGGUGGUGAAUUAUCACUCAAUGACCCGUUCUUCCCCAAUACAAGUAUGAACACGAAAUCAACCUCUUCAUUUGACUUUAACCGAUUUAGCAAGAACAUGACUCUAGAAUUGAAAGUACCUAUAUUCUGGUUGGCAAGUUAUGCGUUACAAGGUGUCAGAUGGUUGGAGACAGCUGCGUCGAGAGAUAGGAGUGGAGAAAGGGUAGUCAAUGGAAAUGGGAAUGGGAAUGGAAUGGGUUAUGGGAAUCCCAAUGGGAAUGGAACGGGUUUAGGAUUGAGAGGUGUUCAGUUGGGUGGACUGGGUGAACGGAAAGGGAAGCGAGCGAUGUGA